AUGUACUGCAUGCGUUGGUUCAUUCCACUCUUACUAUUACCAUUCCCGAAUGCACCACCGUUUUUUGUGCUAACCUUUUUGAUUUCAUACUUUCUGCAUCAACGACCUUGUGUAUACUGCACAAUACUACUACUCGCAUUGUUCUCGAGUACCUGUUAUUGGGGACAAGGCCGUUGUUGGUUAGACUUGAACCAAGGAGACUUUUUGAACCCGCGUACGACGACGAUGCCGACACCUAAAGAAAUGGCUGGAAGCGGAUUGUUGGACGCGACGAAAGGUUAA